AUGGAUUCCUCGUACGACCGAAAUAAUCUCUCCGCCCUCCCAACAGGGUCUCAGAGAAUCGUGAAUGCUGCAUGUCAUUCAAAAGGCGCGUCUAUCGUCGACCUCAAGCGCUUCCAAACACUGUACACAAACACCAAAACGGGCAAAGACAUCCGCGCUCUCCGCCCUGCAUUCUGGAUACUCCUCGACCCAGCGCGCAUUCCUGUGGCCGAUGAUCUCGAUGCGCCAUCAGCCCAGACGAAGAACACCGUUUUGGCGGGUCAUAUCGGCCUGGGUGGAAUAUAUCGCGACCAGUCGUUCGCCUUGACCACUUUGCGCGAGCAUGCGCCCGCUUAUGCGUCGAUCUGGCCUCGUGUUUGGGCGUGGGUCGAGUUCCUCCAUCGCUGCUCUGCGUUGGUACUUCCCGGGGUUGUAGAAAGUGAGCUCGUUUGGGACUUUAUCGGAUUCUCCUCCCGUGGACUGCGGUCUCCGGAUGCAAGAAAAGCGGCUUGGGACUCUCCACAAUUCCUCCCAUUCGUCUUUCGUGCAUGGGACCACCUUCUCGCCCUCCCCUUAGAAGAACAAGAAAAACGAUAUCAGUGGAUUGACUCGCUCAUUCCUAGCAGACUUACGGUCGCAUAUUGUGACGAAAUCGUUGCUGGCGUUGGAGGAACACUCGAAGACCUCGCAUGGGUGCUUCACAAACAGCUUCAUUAUGCCCUAUCCCAUCUCGGGAGCCCGGACAAGAACCCGCGCCACCACCAUUUCUGCGUUCUGAACCUCGCUGGUGUCAUUGACCUGAUAACUGGAUUCGACUCUGCCAUAUCAGAGUCUCGCGAUCCACCCCCAGACCCUCUGGCUCCGAAACCUCGUAUGGUGCUGACCGCCGCAAUGGUGGAGCGGGGGGUUGCAAGGCUACUUUCCAAGACCUUUUGCGUUCUGGCCGAGACCAAACCCGACAAGGAUACCGACAGUCUCUUCGACGGACUGCUCGUGCGCCUGCUUGAUGCUCUCACACUCAUAAUGGUUGAUUCUCUCGUCGGAUUCAGGAUACUUCUCAAGAAUGACUUCAUCCCCGGCAUUUUUGCGUACUGCCGGAGAAGGAAGCCGGCGCAGGAAAAAGGAGAACUUCAAGUCAUUCUGACACGCGCUUUACCGCAACUGUCGUUCUUCCACUCGAAUGUGCUUGUUUUUCAAGACGCCAUCAACACCGUCGAUGCAAAUGCCCCCCAGAGCACCUUCCGCGACAAGGCGACGUAUGAUGCAUGGGUCAGGUUCAGGGAGAUGCUCAAGUGGCAUUUGUUUCUCUUGCACGAGUUCACUCUGAGGGGGCUGCUGAGGGAGAAAGCUGCAUGUGACAGUAUUGUGUGCGGCAAGAUCACUUUCAAAGACAAGCUCCGUACCUGCGCUGGAUGCAAGACGCGAAACUACUGCUCAAAUGCUUGCCAGCGGGAGGACUGGACAGCAGGAAAGCAUAAAGAGACUUGCCGUCUUGCUCGUCGGGUUCGUUUGGCAUUCCGGUCCGACCUUUCUGCGAAAGAUAUGCAUUACUUCCGUUUUGUGCUGCAUAAGCUUGCUACGAAGGACGCCAUAACACUCGAGCACUGGGCCGCGCGGAUUUCCUACGAGGAACGAACGCCAACCCCCGUUCUCCAGUUCAUUUUCGGCGGGCGGGAGGAGAGCAGGAUCGAGAUGAAUCCGUGCGUGACGGGCCCAGAGCAAGCACGCAAAGCCUGCCAUCCGAGUCGGCUCGACCCGCUAUGGGACGACUGGGUUGAGCGUGCUAAACGGAGCCACGGUCGGAUGGAGCUUCACGCGCUCCACCUUGCUGCGGGAUUCCAUGACCGACUGCUGAUUAUUCCCCGGCGGUCGAAUAUGUCUUGGAUGUAUGACACAUGUGCGCGGCUGUUCUUGACGGUGCCGGGCGUCAAAUAUGCUGGGCAGGAGGGUGUUUGGGAGUUUGAGCGGGCGUAUAACAAGCUGCAGGUUCCCAGGACCUUGGAAGCCAUACAUUAG